GCGCUCAAGCUGAAGAAGACAGCAGCGACGGUGAAGACGGCAAGGCCCAUGACGGCAGUGUUGGCUUUCCAGUUCUUGGGUUGCGAGUACCAACCACCAGCGGGGGACCAGACGUGCUUGGGUCAACACAUGCGUCGCUCGCUGCUGUCGCCGCGGAAUCUCCGCCUGUCAUCGCCGCUAUCUUCCAUCUCCUCGUCUCGCCGGUGCUUCGCCCUGUCCGCCCGCCUCUCCCAGCAUGCCCCCGUAACAGCGGCGCCCGCCAUAGCAUCCGAAGCCGUCCUCGAUACUCCCUCGACCGACUCGCCAGUCGAUCUUAACAAGUCGAGUCGCGCUGGUCGUGAAACCUCUCCCAAGCUCAGCGCUCUUCACGCCCGUCUCUCGCUCCCGCCGCGUUUCCCGCACGCUUCUCUAGCUCGCUGUCUCGUACAUCCCUCAGCCGACCGCAAUCCUCUCAACAACAAUGCCUCUCUCGCUGUCCUUGGACAAGAUCUUCUCGCAUACUACACUGCUGAGUGGUUGAUGUGUAACUACCCUCGCCUUCCCAUGGAGGUCCUGUUUGCCGCCCAAUACGCUUACUCUGGCCCACGUACUCUGUCCGCCAUGCGCGAGGAAUGGGGUGUCGAGUCUGUUGCCGCCCCUGGUCCCGAAGUCGAUCCCGGUCUUUUGCAGUUCACUCGCCGCCAGGCCGGUAACGCCAUGGCCGAGGGCGGUAUGGCCCGCUUGAAGGAUACUCAGACCUCAGACAAGAAGACUGGUACUGGCCGUGCUAAUGAGCAGUGGAACUACCGCCGUGGUACCUCUUCUCGCAUUGUCUACGACAAUCAGUUCGGUGACCUGGCAGAGCACGCCGAUAACCCUGUGACCACUGCCAACGCUUCAACCCCCCCUGGUCCUGUCACCACCGAAGAGGCUUCGGCUACCUUUAUCAACGCCGUCUUCGGUGCUCUCUACUUGCACGCCGGUGCCCAAGCAACCCAGGCUUUCCACCAAGCUCAUAUUCUGUCGCGUCAUAUUCCCCUGCAUACUCUCUUCUCCUUCACCCACCCAACUCGCGAUCUUUCGCGCCUGUGUCUUCGUGAGGGCUUUGAGUCGCCAGUUGCCCGCCUGCUCUCCGAAACUGGCCGUCACUCUCGCAGUCCCGUCUUUGUCGUCGGUGUAUACAGCGGCAGCGACAAGCUAGGAGAAGCCGCCGGCUCAAGUCUGGACGAGGCUCGUGUGCGCGCAACUGCCGCCGCUCUGCGCGCAUGGUACCUCUACUCGCCCCCUCGCGACCACAUUGUUCUGCCCAGUCAGUCUGCCACGACUCAAUGGCGACCUCAAAUGGUCGACGUUGGCGAGGUUGUUACUUGA